CAUACUCUUCUUCUGGCCUGUUCAGACUCCAGUCCCCUGAAAUUGACUCUUCCUCACUUUACGCCCCAAACUGCACCGUCGAUCACCAUCUCCGCCGUCUGAUCACCACCUCCGCCGUCCCUCACGCACAGGGCGGGCGUUAUGUUAAACCACAAUGCAUAGCCUUAAGGUUGUCAUGAUUAAAAGAGUAGAUGAGAUCAACGCUUGUGCUUUGCACUGUUAGGAAUUUAGGUAUUGCAAAACACAUACACGAACACAAACGAAAAACUGCAAGAGAUCAGAAAUCAAACAAAGAUGAACACGAGAUAUUACGUGGUUCAGUUGAGGUGACCUACAUCCACGGGCUGCAACUAGGCUAUUAUGGAUGGCGGUACACCUAAUUUCAAAACAUGGAAUAUCAUAUACCCUGUUUACAUAAAUUCAAAGAAGACUAUUGCCGAAGGUAGAAGAAUCUCUGCUACAAAAGCAUGCGAAAACCCUACCGCUUUAGAAAUCGGCGAUUGUUGUGGCCAUCUCAAAAUUCCUUUUGCUAUUGAGAUUGAUAAGGCAUAUCCAAGGGAUUUCAUGCAAGUGGGGAGGGUGCGGGUUUUGCUGAAAAGACCAGAUGGGAGUCCACAUAAUCCCCUUAUUACAUCCAAAAAACAGCUGAUGAUUCGUAUUGCUGAAUUGGUUCCUAGACACCCGGGUAGAGUGAAGAAACAAGAAGCGGCUGCAUCUGCUUCAAAUGCUGCUGCACCUUCGAAAUCUGGCAAGGGUGGGAAAAAGAAGAGAUAGAUUCGUGUGUAACUUUCGGUUGGAAUUUGCUAGGCUCCUUGGUUGGUUGCGUAAGACGUUUUGUAUCUUAUGGGUGUUUCAGAUUAAACAUGUUUUCAAAAUACUUAGAACAAAGAUGAGAGAACCGAACAGAAUAUAAGCCUCCGGACCGGUUUGAUUUUUCAGUUUUCAGAGAUGAGACAUUUUGUUGA